AUGGCUAAGGUGUUGAUUUUGAGCGUUGCGUUGCUUGUCGUGGUGUGUGCAGUGGCCGGCGGCCGGUUCGAACGGUCGGUGUUGGGACCGAGAGUGCGUCGUGAUGCUUCGAUGCGCUGCUGUAACGAUGGGUUCGACCAGAGCGAAAUUCACGCCAAAUUUGCCGAGGUUCGUACCGCCUGCAUCGGGGAGCUCGGUUUGGAGGAGGUGCCUCAUGAGGAAAUGAUGAAGAAUCGUGAGCAUCUGAACUGUAUCACCGAAUGUAUCGCAAAGAAGGAAGGUAUUGCGGACGAAAGUGGUGCCCUCGUACACACGGAUCUUGCCAAAGCGGUGAUGGAGCAUAUGAGCACGAUCGAGUGGAAGGUCCCGCUGGCGGAAGGAUUCAUCAAGCAGUGUUUCGACGAGGUGGAAGCAGCCGACAGUGCGUUUGCGCCUACCGACGAGGCAAAGUGCAAUCCGGAAGGGUUCGAUUUUGUUUUUUGUCUGUGGCGUCAGUUUACCCUUUCCUGCCCGGAAGAGUUCCGCGAUGAUUCGGAAAAGUGUGUCGAGCUGCGGGAGAAACUAUCGAACAAGGAGGAUGUAAGCGGCUUGCACGGUGAGCUUGAGGCGGCUGAAUAA